CCAACUAAAAUCAAAAUAUACACAAAUGGAGGUUUCGUCAGUUCAAAAUCUAUGUAUACAUUUAAUUUCUGCUGCAUUUCAAAGAUGCCGUGUAUCAGAAGAUCUAUGCAGACUAUCAGUUGUUCUUAAAUGUUGUUCAGCUCAUGAUCCUUUGACUGUUGGAAUUACAAUAUCAGAUACAGGUAUUGGUAGCUGCUUGGAGGAAUUUCAGCACCUAAAUUUCUCUAGGGAGUUUGUUGAUGCCAAAAAGUGGGAUGGAUUAAUUUCAGUCAGAACAACUAAUAAAUGUGAUGAUGAGAUACAUCAUUAUCAUUUAAACCUAAAAGAAAGCAUUUCUAAUAGAAGGCUAAUUCCGCUUCCUUCAAAUCCCAAGAACGGUGCAAAAUUCAGUGGGACCGAGGUACAUCUGUCCAGUUCUGAAAGCAUUGAUGUUCUACUGGCAGAGUUCAAUUGCUUCUUUCUAAAGAUGCUCGUUCUGAAGACUCCUAAUGUUGCAAUUGAACUGGUGGUAGAACGAGGGGAUGUUCCUGGAUCAAAACAUGAAAAUGUUCUUUUAGCAAAUGAGUGCAAUCCUUUAUCCUUUUCAACCUCAAACAUUGAUAGAUUGAAGUCAGGCUUUGAAGACUAUGUUUUAAGGAGUGGAAACAGUUUGCUGAGGAAGUAUGAAUCUUGCUUUCCAACAAGUCCAAAUUCCAUUUCCUUGUCUCUUAGGGAACAGCUGAAGGUUGGAAGUGGAGUAGCAUGCUGCUCAGAAAGUCAUAAGAGUCCUAGCCUGCUGAUGGAAGUAGUAAUUAUAAUUAGCGAAUUAUCUGAGACAAUAAGUCCUUGCUUCAGGGCAUGCAGUGCUAAAACUGAGGUUUUGUAUUUUGAAGAUUUCUCACCUUGUUCAAUAUACCAAUCCUCUCUUAGUGCGUUGACUACCAUUGACUGGAAAAGUUAUGGGUUGGUGUUGCGAAGGGCUGUGGAUCAAGGAGGCAACGUCAUGCUAGAAUGGGAAAACUUACCUCCUCAUAUUCACAUUUAUAUGGUCCUCCACUGUUACCAUAAGCAGUUUAAAUGGCCACUGCUUAGGCAAAAGACUCAACCUGAUCGGAAACUCGUAAAAAGGGCUAUUAAACUUGCUCUGGAAGAUUUGAAGGAGAAAAAUGCAGGAAUGCUUCUAAGUGCACAUACCCUUAAGAUACGCAGUUAUGCCCCUGACCUUGCAAGAACCAUUGCUGGCCUUAUCUUGACAUCUAAUGACUCAGAAUUCCAACAAGAAUGCUACUCUCUUCUUGGCUUGCAGUCCCAAGAUAAUGAAGGUGAAUUUGUUCAAGACUGUAUUAAGGAAAAGAUAAUUUCAGUUAUAGAAACAAAUGACAGGAAGCCCCAGAGAAGCAAAGAGAUUGCACCUUGUCUUUUUGAAGAUCACUGCCUCCAGGAACCGAACUUUGACGAUGAGGAAUAUGAUGAAGGUGAACAUAUCUUUAGUUCCUUGGAUUACUAAACGGAUCUUUGCAUUCCUGUAAAUUUUUGUGAAAAUUAUAUGAGAUUUCCAUAUCCUUCAAGAUUUUUGGGGACCAACAUAGCCUUUGAAUU